CGUAUCAAAUCUCAGUUAGGUCCAGGCCGCAAAAGAUGGCAGCCUCACAGAACCGAACAACGUGCGCAAGUUUUUAACGUGCGUUUAAAGAAGUAUCCCCGUGCGUGUGUGUGUGUGUUUUUAUAUCUUUCAUUUUUGAUACUGUCAUUCCCCAUUAGUUGCCGCUUUUUGUAUACUUGCAUUCUCUCCAUGAGAUCGAAGACCAGGUGAUGAAGUUUACAUGAAAAAAUGGAGAGGUAUUGUUUUUUUACUUCGGUCGCAGCCCUCGCUGUCCCGUGUGUUUUCGCGGUCGUGCAAAUUGACUAUUCGCCGAUUUUACUGACGGGACAACAGCAGGCGGUUGAAAAUUUGAUCGAGCGAGUAAUUGGGAAUGCAAGUCGUUUAUUUAAUGUGUCUAUAAACGAAAAUCUCAGCGAAGGAAACAAGGCCGCUUUUAAGCUCACCAAGGAAACGUCUUCAGAUCAAGUUUUCAUUGAGGGUUCAUCCAGCGUUGCCAUCGCAUGGGGAUUUCAUUAUUACUUAAAACAUUUUUGCGACAGCCAUAUAUCUUGGGAUUAUGAUGAAAUCAAUCUUCCUCAACCUUUACCUGAGGUCAACAUCACCGUGAAAGCCAAUGACAUCUGGCGAUACUACCAAAACGUCUGCACCUGGAGUUACAGUUAUGUUUGGUGGGACUGGGGCCGGUGGGAGCGAGAGAUCGACUGGAUGGCGCUCAACGGAAUUAACAUGGCGUUGGCAUUCAAUGGUCAAGAGGCCGUGUGGAACAGAGUCUACAAGAAAUUCAAUAUGAAAGAAGCGGAUAUCGAUAAGCACUUCACUGGCCCUGCAUUUUUGGCUUGGGGUCGCAUGGGAAACAUGCGAGGCUUUGGUGGACCCUUGAAUGAUAACUGGCAUGAGAAAAGCCUCGUCCUGCAGCACAAAAUCUUGGCCCGAAUGCGGUUAUUAGGAAUCAAUCCGGUUUUGCCCGCAUUUUCUGGACAAGUCCCUCGAAGUUUUAAAGAGUUAUUGCAAGGGUGGUUGUUUCAUAAUGAUCCAAUUUUCUGGACCGAAAGUAGAGCGAAAGCAUUUUUGACGGCAGUGCCCGCAGGAUCUAUGAUCGUCUUAGACUUGCACGCUGAACAAAAUCCUCAGUAUACACGACUUUCAUCCUUCUUUGGGCAGCCCUUUAUCUGGUGUAUGUUACAUAACUUUGGAGGAACUCUGGGCAUGCAUGGUUCAGUUGAAAGUGUGAACAAUAAUGUUUUUAUCGCGCGGACAGCCGAAAACAGCUCAAUGGUGGGAACUGGUCUCACUCCAGAGGGCAUUAAUCAGAAUUAUGUUAUGUAUGAACUGAUGACAGAAAUGGGUUAUAGAAAAGAACCAGUGAAUCUUGUUGAAUGGUUUACGAAUUAUGCUCGUAGAAGGUAUGGCCAGGAGAACGAAGAGGCAGCCAGUGGUUGGAAAUAUUUACUGAAAAGUACCUACAACUACACUCAGGAGAAAUCCCUUCAUGGAAAAUACACCAUAUGUAGACGUCCUGGCUUCAAUAUUCAUCCCCAGAUCUGGUAUGACCCAAGUGAUGUACUGGCUGCAUGGAGUCAUUUAAUAAGCGCCUCAAAUAAACUGGGAGAAAGCAAAAACUACGCCCAUGAUGUAGUGGACGUUACACGUCAAGCCAUGCAAAUAUUAUUCGAGGAGGCUUAUGCAAGACUUAUAAAGUCAUACGACGCCAAAAAGCGGGAUCAAUUCCAGACAGAAGCAGAAAAUAUUGUAAAAAUACUUGCAGACCUAGAGAAAAUUCUCGCUACAAAUGAGAAAUUUUUGCUGGGUGUUUGGAUAAAAGCUGCCAGAGAUAUGGGCUACACACCAUUGGAAGCCAAUUUGUAUGAGUACAACGCACGCAACCAAAUCACUCUGUGGGGCCCCAACGGAGAGAUUCUAGACUAUGCAACCAAACAAUGGUCUGGCAUUGUAUCUCAUUACUAUGCCCCACGGUGGAAGUACUUCAUUACAACCCUGAAUACAUCACUGACUGACGGAACUCCUUUCAAUCAUUCUCAGUUUUCACAAGACAUUUUUAAGCAUGUUGAGCAACCUUUCACAUUAGAGCUAACAACGUUUCCUACAAAACCUGAUGGUGAUACAGUGGAAACAGCAACAGACUUGUAUAAUGGAUGGCAUAAUUUCUUCCUGACUAUGAAUGCUAUGCAAUCGAUGGAUGACUUCAAAGAGGUGAUUUUAGUUUAGUAUUUAUUGUUUUGUUUUUGUUGGGUUUUUUUUUAAAUUUCUUAUAAUAAAAACUUUUUUAAGAAAAAAAA